GUGGGAAGAGGAGGAAGCCGCCCGCCAGCAGGAAAUUCAACGCCAGCUGGCAGAGGCAGAGGCAGCACGUCAGUAGGCCGCAGCAGAAGCUGCAGCAGCCGCAUGGUUGCAACAGCAGCAGGUUGAGGCAAGUCAAAACCAAGCUCAUUACCAAGCCACGAUGGACCUUGCUCGCGACGAAGCCACGUACGGCAGGCUACGUCGACGACAGCAUUUCCAAGAAACCGAAGAACAAGAAGAGUCAACCGAGGAAGAAAGGGACAAGGAAGGGACAACAGUUCUGAUGGAGAAUCUGUUGUACACGUGCAAUUGGCAGCAACGUGAACUGCUGGCCAUGCGGCAAGUCUUCAUCCGCCAUGAAACUACGUUCAAGGCAUUGGACAAGAAGAUCCUUACCGUGCAGGCCGAGAUCAGCACACUACAUGCCGCCAAUAGCCAGCAACAGACACUCAAUAACCAGUUGCAGACCGAUGCCAGCAUGGGGUUGGCACAACUAUCAGCAACUGCGUCAACGGGUAGUGCAGUGGUAGACUGCAGCCCAGCUUUGGCCGCACAGGCCAAGCAACUCGAAGAGAGGAUCAACCAUAUGGUCGCAUCCCUCGGCGACAUCAACAAGUUUGCUGGAGCAUCGACAGUUAGCAAUCAGCUGCAGACGCUCAGCGACCGCGUUGAGCAACAACCGGUCGCUGCCGCCAAGGAAUGGAAGAUGCCGAACUUCAAGAUCGAGAAGUUCGAUGACUAUCACAAGACUGAUCCGCUGCAAUGGUGGAUGGCGUUCAACGCGGAGGCGGAUGUACAUCACACACCCGCACAUCGGCGGCUUGACGCACUCUACCUCCAACUCAUCGGAGGGGCGCAGGCUUUCAUGACACACAUGGCCGUCACGUUGGAAUGCACCAUCGCCAACCUCCACACGAAGAUUACGUGGGAGGAAUUCGAGAAGAAAUGGAAGACCCGGUUCAUGGUCAACAAUGACAAACGGCACGCCAUGAACAAGAUCUUCCACAUAUACCAAGGCCAGCAGACGUCACGGGAGUGGCUGAUGGAGUGGCAAAGACUCGUUGCCACCCCGGAGUUGAACUUACCAUUCGAUGCAAUCCGGGCCGAAUUCUUCGCCCGGUCAUGCGACGCCUUGACUGCUGCUUUGGGCACUGAGUUUCAGUAUGAGACCUUUGAUGAUCUGAUCUCAAAGGCAAGAGAACUAAUCCAAGCAUGCGAGGCCGUGUCUUUCGACAUAUUGGACACCAAGUUCGAUAUGAUCCUAGGCAUAUCGUGGUUGCAAAGCGAAGACCAUCCGGUGAACUUCCGUCGACGCACCGUUCACGUUCGUGAUCGGCGUGGCGAACUAGUCCCGUGUACGGUGCCGCUUCCUCAUCCUUCGAUUGGUUGUCACGUAGUAUCCACGGCGAGCAUUCACCAAUCCAUUCGGCGGAACGACAUUGAGGAGAUGGGCAUAUGUUUUCUUCACGCCCUCCCACCCGGUGAUCAACCCAAGAUGGAUACGUCGGACCCACGCAUCAUUGAGCUUUUGGACAGCUAUGAGGAUGUCUUCCAAGCUCCCGCCGGAGUCAUACCGGAUCGUCCCAUACGCCACGGGAUCACUCUCGAGGACGGCGUCGUAGCUCCGCGCGGAUGUAUCUACCGCAUGAGCGAAGAGGAACUUCAAGUGCUUCGGGCACAACUAGACGACCUCUUAGCCAAGGGCUGGAUUCGCCCUAGCUGUUCGCCAUACGGUGCUCCUGUUCUCUUCGUCCGGAAGAAGAACAAGGACCUUCGUUUGUGCAUCGACUAUCGGAAACUUAAUGAGCAAACGAUCAAGAACGUCGCCCCUCUCCCUCGGAUCGAUGAUCUUCUCGAGCGACCAGGCGGCGCCAAGUAUUUCUCAAAGCUUGACCUCAAAUCCGGAUACCACCAGAUCAAGAUCCAGCCAAGAGAUCGGUACAAAACCGCGUUCAAGACGCGGUAUGGGCACUUUGAGUGGAUCGUCAUGCCUUUCGGUCUCACCAAUGCCCCGGCUACUUUCCAAGCGGCUAUGACGACGAAAUUCCGCGACUUGCUCGACCGCACCGUACUCAUUUACCUUGAUGAUAUCUUGGUUUAUAGCCGGACGCUGGACGAGCACCUUCGCGCCGUAUUGGAGCGGCUCCGUAUCGCCAAGUACAAGGCGAACCGCGACAAGUGCGAGUUUGCCCAGCAAGAGCUGGGGUACUUAGGCCAUUACGUUACGCUGCAAGGCGUUCGUCCGCUCACGGACAAGGUACAAGCCAUUCAAGAUUGGCCGGACCUCAAGUGUACCACCGACAUCCGCUCCUUUCUCGACUUGGCAUCAUACUACAUGCGCUUCGUCAAGGAUUUCAACGUAUCGCUGCACCAUUACUUAUCAUCGGAUCACCCGCCGACAAGCAACUAUCGCAUUGUCGACGGCUACUUGCUUCUUCAUACACGAGGCGAGGACUUGUUGUGUGUUCCCCAAAACCGCAUCUUGCGCACUCGCCUCCUUGGUGAAUACCACGAUUCGCGGCUGGCAGGACACCUUGGCGUCGCACGCACACUAGCACGACUCCGCCAGCGAUUUCAGUGGUCGGACAUCAUCAGCGAUAUCAACCGGUACAUUCAGUCAUGUGCAGUUUGCCACCGGAACAAAGGGCGCCAUCAGCUCCCGUACGGCGAACUGAAACCAUUGUCGAUUCCUCGGGAACCGCGUCUCUCCAUCGCUAUGGAUGUGACCGGCCAUUUCCCUCGCGAUCGCCUUGGCCAUGACGGUAUUCUCACGAUCGUUGACCGUUUGAGCAAGUACACUCGAUUUCUUCCAUGCAAGUAUCAUGCGACGGCUCCUGAGCUCGCACGACUUUUGCAUACCGGCUGGUUUUGCAGCCAUGGCGUUCCGGAAGACAUCGUCAGCGACCGCGACACUCGUUUCAUGUUGGCCUUUUGGGCGGCACUCAUGGUGGAAUCCGGCACCAGCAUGAAACCGAGUUCCGCACGGCAUCCUCAAAUGGAUGGGCAAACGGAACGUGCGCACCAGACUGCGCAGAUGAUGCUCCGCACACUCAUCCGCCCGGACCAGAAGGACUGGGUCGACCGACUUCCCGACAUCGAGUUUGCCUACAACACUUCGGUGCACCCGGGAAUCGGCGUGACUCCAUUCGAGUUGCACCAUGGUGGACGGAAAGGACGUAUCUUCGUAGACAUUUUGCUUCCAUGGGCUGCCUAUAUCAACGCCGCUUGCUCCCCCUCUUCUACACGGAAGUACAGGGAACUGUUGGCCAAAGCCCGCGCAAACAUGCAAAAGGCUCAGGUCCGUAUGCAGCAGCAAGCGAACCGGCGUCGCAUCCCAUGUCCAAUUCGCGCUGGCGACCUAGUUUGGGUCACCUCCGAGGAAUUCGCGCUCAAGCAGGACGUCUCGCGCAAGCUCCUCCCUAAGUGGUUUGGACCAUGGAUGGUCACUUCAGCAGUUGGCGACGACCCCUCGGGUCCAUCUUUCAUCAUUGAGAUUCCCCCGCAUUUGACGGUGCACCCGAUAUUUCACUCUUCAAAGCUGGCGGUCUACACUCCAGCCUCCGCAAUGGACUUCCUGAGCAGACGGUCACAGGACCCUCCUUCAAUGGAUGGUCAUUAGGAGGUCGACCGCGUUCUCACGCAUCGCAAGCAUGGCAACAAGCCUAUGCAGUACAAAGUUACAUUUAAGCAAUGCGAUCCGA